UAUAAAGUAGGAGGGAGCCAAAACGUAGUGGGCUACGGGUUUAUUACAAUAUCGAAUUACGAAAGCUCUACAGUAGACGCAAAUACCAUUUAGAUACAAUUGACAGGCCCUUUUUCAAACUAUAUAUAAGACGGAGUCGAUGACUCCUGGAUUUAGUCGACUUGGAUUUUGCAUAGGAUAAUUUGGCUUUUUUGGGGAUUUCAUUUUAACAGGAGUUAUGAUACUCAGGACAAUUCAUAUCUUGCUACCAAUGCUGUUACUGCGCACGACAGCAAUACCACAAGGAGGCCAAGUGGACGAUGAAUCCAGUUUUAACUUGUUUGAGAUCAGCAACAUCACAAGAAAGACGAUUGGCGCUAAAGUCUUCAAGGGUCAUGACUGGGAUUCUCCAGCGUACCGCUUCAUCCGCUUUGACCACAUUCCUCCAGUCAGCUCCCCAGUCCUCCAGCAACUCUUAAGACAGAUCCAGAACAAUGACGGCUUUGUGUUUGUGGCUUCCAUACGUCAGGAUCGGUCUUCUCGUGGCACCCUUGUGGGCUUAGAGGGUUCUGGUGGCCGUCGACAUUUCGAGAUAAUCUCCAAUGGACGUGCCAACAGUCUGGACCUAGUCUACUGGGUGGAGGGCUCCCAGAACGUAGUGUCCUUUGAGGAUGUGGAUCUAUCAGACUCACAAUGGAAGAACAUCACAUUGCAUGUGCAUGGAGAGAAUGCCAACCUCUAUGUGGACUGCAGCCUCAUUGAUAGCUUCACCCUGGAUGAGUCUUUUUAUGACCACUUGCAAGCCGAGGGUAGCCGCAUGUAUGUGGCUAAGGGAUCUAACAGGGAGAGCCACUUCAGGGGUUUGUUGCAGAAUGUUUGUUUCAUCUUUGAUACACCCAUUGAAGAUAUUCUGAGAAAAAAGGGCUGUGAGAUUUCCAACCCGGAUGAUGUGCACAUGGUGAGCGAGGGUGAAUACAUGAUGGAAGUCAGUCCAGCCAUCUCCACUAACUUUAUCAGGCAAAAUAUGGAGAAAAUGGACACAUGUGAGCACUCCUGUGAGCAGCUCAGCUCCAUGUUGCAGGAGCUCAAAGGACUCCGCAUAGUGGUCGGAAACCUAAUGGAUGGCCUACAGAAAGUGAGUCAGGAGAACACAGUCAUAAAGAAAGCCCUGGGCAACAUUAAGAAUAUCAAACAUAACCGUAUGUGCUGGCAAGAUGGCCGCUUGUUCGAGGAUAAAGAAGACUGGGUGGUGGAUAGCUGCACCAAAUGCACUUGUCAGGAGUCAAAGAUUGUGUGCCACCAGAUUACUUGUCCUCCUGUAGCCUGUGCCAUUCCAGUUUUCCUGGAUGGAGAGUGCUGUCCAAUGUGUCUACCUAAGGACAGUGAGGAUGGCUGGUCACCCUGGUCUGAGUGGACAGAAUGCACAGUCACAUGUGGAACGGGCACCCAGCAGAGAGGCAGGUCAUGUGAUGCGACCAGCAACCCCUGUAGUGGUCCUUCUAUCCAGACGCGCACAUGUAGCUUGGCUAAAUGUGACAGUAGAGUUCAUCAGGAUGGAGGAUGGAGCCUCUGGUCUCCUUGGUCAUCCUGUUCAGUAACAUGUGGUGAAGGCCAGAUUACCAGAAUCCGCCACUGCAACUCACCAGUGCCCCAGUUGGGGGGGAAGGACUGCGAAGGAAGUGGCAGAGAGACGCAACGUUGUGAUACCAAGCCCUGCCCUAUUGAUGGAAGAUGGGGACCAUGGUCCCCCUGGGCUAUAUGCUCAGCAACAUGUGGUGGAGGAGUGCGGAGUCGAAUACGUGUGUGUAAUAGCCCUUGGCCACAGCAUGGAGGAAAAGGGUGCUCAGGAGAAGCUGAGCACACAGGGACAUGCAACAAGCAGGACUGCCCUGCUGAUGGCUGUCUGUCCAAUCCCUGCUUUGGAGGGGUGGAAUGCACCAGCACACCUGAUGGCUCAUGGGAAUGUGGUCCCUGCCCCGUUGGUUUCCAGGGCAAUGGAACAUUUUGUGAGGAUGUCAAUGAGUGUGAUCUGGUGCCGGAUUUGUGCUUUAAAGUCAGUGGGAAACAGCGCUGCAUGAACACUGACCCAGGAUUCCACUGCCUUCCUUGUCCUCCUCGUUACAAAGGCAACCAGCCCUUUGGCAUGGGAGUGGAAGUAGCCAGGAACAGUAAGCAGAUUUGUGAACCUGAGAACCCUUGCAAGGACAAGACCCAUAGUUGUCAUAGGUUUGCUGAGUGCAUCUACCUUACCCACUUCAGUGACCCUAUGUAUAAAUGUCAAUGUAAGAUUGGCUAUGCUGGAGAUGGCUUUAUCUGUGGAGAAGAUUCUGAUCUGGAUGGUUGGCCCAACCAGAACUUGGUGUGUAGAGCUAAUGCCACCUACCACUGCAAGAAGGAUAAUUGUCCCAGCCUUCCCAAUUCUGGCCAGGAGGACUUUGACAAGGAUGGCCAAGGAGAUGCAUGUGACAAGGAUGAUGACAACGAUGGAAUUAUGGAUGAGAGAGACAACUGCCCUCUGUUGUUUAAUCCCAGGCAGUUUGAUUAUGAUAAGGAUGAUGUGGGUGAUCGGUGUGAUAACUGCCCUUAUGAACACAAUCCAGCUCAAAUAGAUACCGAUCACAAUGGGGAAGGAGAUGCCUGUGCUGUGGACAUUGAUGGGGAUGGCAUCCUAAAUGAAAAUGACAACUGCCCGUAUGCAUACAACAGUGAUCAGAAGGACACUGACAUGGAUGGAGUGGGAGACCAGUGUGACAAUUGUCCUCUGCUUCAUAACCUUGAUCAGGCUGAUACAGAUAAUGACCUUGUAGGAGAUCAGUGUGACAACAACCAUGAUAUUGAUGAGGAUGGCCAUCAGAACAAUCUAGACAAUUGCCCUUAUGUUCCUAAUGCCAACCAGGCAGAUCAUGACAAGGAUGGAAAAGGAGAUGCUUGUGACUUUGAUGAUGAUAAUGAUGGAAUUCCUGAUGACAAAGACAACUGCAGGCUGGUAGCCAACAAAGAACAGAUGGAUUCAGAUGGUGAUGGUCGAGGUGAUGACUGCCAGGACGAUUUUGAUAAUGAUAGCAUCCCUGACAUUUUGGACACGUGUCCAGAGAAUAAUGCUAUAACUAUAACCGACUUCAGAAAGUUCCAGAUGGUGCAUUUGGAUCCCAAAGGAACCACUCAAAUCGAUCCCAACUGGGUAGUCAGGCAUCAGGGCAAGGAACUGGUCCAGACUGCCAAUUCAGAUCCUGGAAUUGCAGUAGGCUAUGAUGAGUUCAAUGCUGUGGACUUCAGCGGCACCUUCUAUGUGAACACGGACAGAGAUGAUGACUAUGCUGGCUUUGUGUUUGGUUACCAGUCAAGUGGGCGUUUCUAUGUGGUUAUGUGGAAGCAGAUCACCCAAACAUACUGGGAAGAGAAGCCAUCAAAGGCCUUUGGAAUCUCAGGUGUCUCCCUCAAAGUGGUUAACUCCACCACAGGCACUGGGGAAAACUUACGCAAUGCCCUCUGGCACACUGGUGACACCCCUGGCCAGGUUCGCACUCUGUGGCAUGACCCUAAGAACAUUGGCUGGAAGGACUAUACUGCAUAUAGAUGGCAUCUCAUUCAUAGACCUAUGACUGGAUUCAUCAGAGUGGUAGUAUAUGAGGGGAAACAGAUCAUGGCAGACUCAGGGCCAAUCUAUGAUGAGACGUUUGCAGGAGGACGACUGGGGUUGUUUGUCUUCUCGCAGGAACUGGUGUUCUUUUCUGACCUUAAAUAUGAAUGUCAAGAUAAUUGAACAAGACAAGUCAUGGUUACUAAGGAUUCCUUUCAGCUAGAUGAAAUGUCUGUGUUUAUAUGAGUAGGAAUGAAAGCGGUGAAGUAAAAUGAAUUGCAAUGGAACCAAAAUUCACACAGGACAUGGAAAAUUGCACCACUUCAACACCACCUUUACAACCUUCAAAUCAGCAUUCAUAAAAAAAAAUAAAUUCACACCAGUCUUGAGCAUAUGAAGCAUUGUUAUACAACUGGUUCUUUCACCUGUUUGCCACUGAAAAUACAUGUAAACCUAAUAUUUUUAAUUAAAAUAGUAUCUGCAAGUUUAUAGGCCAAUAGCAUUUCUGAAUUGUUUUCAUGUUGUAUCCACAAUCUGUAUCAUUAAAUUAUUCAUAAGCCAGUAGUCUAAUAAACACCUGAAUAAUACUUAAAAUGUGUUUUUUUAAAAAGGUUGUUUUGAGUCAAUAUUACGUUUACAGCACAUCAAUUUAUCCAACUUGCUGCAACAGGAUAACUGUUUUAUAAGAUUUUUCUAAAGGGCAAAUAUUCAAUAGAUUGGCCUUCAAGUUCAAAGUGUCAGUGAAGUGUCAGGUUUUUGCUUCUUGUCUGCUCAGGCAGAAUCAAGCAAAUCACUUAAUUUACAUUCCAAUUACAUUGAAGCAGUCACCACACUACUCACAAGAUGUUUUGUGUUUUUUUGUUCCCUCAAAUGGUAUGAAUUACUUGUGUUUGGUAUAGGUCAUUAGUUGUUUUUUUUUGUUUUGUUUCUUAUUUUUUUAGUUUGUAGUUUUAGUUUGCAGUUUACAUUGUUUAUUCUGUAAUUUUGGGAGCAUGUACAUUCUAGCAAGGAACUUUUUAAAAAAUAUAUUUUAGUGCCUUUUGCAGUGGAGAUGUUAAUAUUAAGAUUUAUUUUCAUUUGUAAAUUAUUUAUAUGGCAAUUUUAUGAGAAUAUGUCUAGAUGUUGCUUUUAGCACAAGGAGAUUGUAUAUAAUUAUUUAUUUGUUUACACCAACUACAGACUUAGGAAAGUUUAAUAGUAACUAUUAUUUUCUUUCUUUCAAAUAGGCAUUAAAAAGUUCUUUGUAUACACAGCAUGAUUCAGUGCUUGAUUAGUAUGUCCACCACAAUGUGAGACAGAAUGUGAUCUUUAAGGCAUGUCAUCUGUAUUUUGUUGUUAUGUGUUUUUCCUUGGAAGAACUUAUAUAGUCAGUAUUUUCCAGAGAAACUAUAAUAGGAUGCUUACUGCAAGUCAUAUAAAUUGCACAUUGUUAGUGUUUCACUUGCAUCUCUUAGGUAAUAAACCAAAGAUUGUUUUGAAAUGAUAUCAAGCCAAUAGGCCAUUUACCAGUGUUCUUACUUUAUGGAUGUGUAGUAGUAUAUCAGAUUUGCAAAUGUAUUUUGAGUUUGGUUUCCAAACCAGCUGUUUAGUCUUGUUAAAACCUGUCAUUUUUAUGCCUCACAAUUUUUUAUUAUAUUGUUCCUUCAAUAAAUAUUUGUAGACUAAUUUAUA